CGCUCGCGCCUCCCAUACCAUCCGGGCACGCAUGCGCGGGGCAGACUCUGGCUCCUCACGUGGUUUCCGACCUCCAGGACCUUGUAAGUAGCGUCUCUGCGGUUGUCGCUUGGAGGGGGAUCGUGCUCGUGUGAGUGCACCGAGUUGCCUUGCGCGGGUUUGGGGAAUGGCAGCUAAGGGCUCAGGCAGCAGGUACAGCUCGCCACGCGGGGGAGAAGCCGGCUGCUUCAAUCAGCCCCUUUACUCGGAACCAUGUGGACUAGCGCCUUACUUUAUUUUGAGGGGAAGGAGCGUAGCUCAGUGGUUGAGCAUCUGCUUUGCAUCUGGAAGGUCCCAAGGCCGGGAGUGUCCGCUAUGUGAGACCUUGCAGAGCCGCUGCGGAUAGAUAAUAACUACUAAAUUCAGGGUCGCCGCCUGUCCUGUAUAAUACAGGAUUGUCCCGUAUUUCAGUGUAAAAUGCUCUCUCUCUCUCUGUGUGUGUGUGUGUGUGUGUGUGUGUGUCUCACUCGGCCAAGUUAGGUAUCCUCUCCAAAUGCAUGUGUUCGAAAGGGUGUGAGAAAGGUCAUGUAUUUAAGCUGUGGGUAGCCAAGCACAGACAGAUUUACAAAUUCGUGGAUGUGGGUGUGUGACAAAUUUCAGAGGCGCCAAUAGAUUGUAAUAGAUUGCUUAGAAUUCACUUCAGCACCAGCUGGGGGGAAAAUAAUAAUCCCCCCCCCCAAACUGCUCUGCCCCAUCCUGUCGUAUAUUUUGACAGAACAAAGGUGGCAGUCAUAAAUGGACUGAUGGUCUGACUCUAUAAAAAGAGUUGUCUACAUUUCUGGGUUAGGAAUAAUUGAGGAAUUGACCACAAGGAUUCUGUGUUCUCAUUCCCUGGGCCUAGCUUCUAUUCCACAUCCCCCUCUCAUUUAUUUUAGAAUUGCAGAAAUUUAGGUAGCCUGGUUCCUCAUUUCAUAACUGUAAGCUGAUGGCGCUGUUUUGUUUGUUUUAAAAUGAGACUGUUACUAAGUCUUGGGAUCUGAUUUGUUACCUCUGUUUCCCCUUCUCCGCAGGAACCAGACAUCAUGGUUCAGCUGGGUAAGUGGGAUUAAUAAUAUUUUGUCCUUGUGUAGUGAUGGAACAACACUGGAACCAGUAAGAAAGCCCUGCUGGAUCAGGCCAAAGACCUAUCAAUUCUGGCAUCCUGUUCUCGCAGCAGCCAACCAGGUGCCCUUUAUAGGAAGAUCACAGGAAGGCCUGAGCGCAACAAUGCUGUCCUUACUUGUGAUUCCUAGGGGCCUACCACCUCCAGCAGUGGAGUUACGUGACUUCCUCCAUCUUUAUUAACUUUCUGGAGGAGUUUUAAAACCUUCCCAUUUACCCAGGCAUUUGGUGGCUAAAGAAUACUAUUCUGGGCAGUCUCUGGAUCACUGGGGGAAUGAAUGCUUUUAACUGACCAGUAUUAGGUGUUGUCAAUUGUAAUGGCUUUUAGAAUGUGUUAACUGUACUAGAUUUGUUUUUUAAACUCUGCCUCUGUUUACCACCCUGGGCUCCUUGGGGAAGGAGGGUCAGGUAUAAAUUCAGUAAAUAGCAAUAACAGUAAAUAAUAACAAGAUAGACAUUGUGACCAGUAGCCUUCUCAUCCAGGAAUUUGCCAAAUCCUCUUUUAAAGUUGUCCAAAUGGACUGCUGUAUGGUUUUUAAGGCAUUGGAAGACUCUAAAAGCAGACACGUUUGAGAUCUGGUUGUCACAACUCUGCGGCUUGAUAUUAAUGGACAAACUGGCAGCCCUUGUCCGGGAGAGUCGAGCAGAGAAGCAAGCCACUACUCUUCAAUCAACAGGGCAUAAUUUUAUUACGCGUGCAACAUCGAUAGAACCCGUUUAUAGACCUCCCAAGAACACAUGGCAAUUUGUGGAAUGGUACCAUUGUUUAAGGGACGCGGGUAGCGCUGCGGUCUAAACCACUGAGCCUCUUAGAAGGUUGGCUGUUCGAAUCCCCAUGACAGGGUGAGCUCCCGUUGGUUGGUCCCUGCUCCUGCCAACCUAGCAGUUCGAAAGCACGUCAAAGUGCAAGUAGAUAAAUAGGUACCACUCUGGCAGGAAGGUAAACGGCAUUUCUGUGCGCUGCUCUGGUUUCGGUGUUCCGUUGCGCCGGAAGCAGCUUAGUCAUGCUGGCCACAUGACCCAGAACAACUGUCUGCGACAAACACUGGCUCCCUCAGCCUGUAAAGCGAGAUGAGCGCCACAACACCAGAGUCAUCUGUGACUGGACUUAACUAUCAGGGGUCCUUUACCUUUACCUUUUUUUAAACCAUUGUUUAAAGACAGAAACAACUUAAAAAUUAACUGUAACUAAACAGAUAUUUGGUACUUCUAGGUGGGGGGGGUGUAAAAACAAAAAUCAGCAUUUAUGAGCUAUAUAUAUUGCAGAUGAAGAAAAGCACUAUGGAGUUGGUGGUCAUCACUGCCUCCAUUGGGAGCGAGUUCCACAGCUUAACUGUGCUCUGUGUAAAGAAGUAUUUCCUUCAGCUUGUUUAACCGCUGGAGGGAAAUCUUCAAUAAAUACAGGGUUUCUGUUGACGUUGCCUUUGCACGGUCUCCCUUCCAGGGCACUGCCUCCUGAAAAAGUACUACAACGCGCAUACUGUCAUCCGCUUUGCUAUGGGUGGCUGCGCCAACAGGCCUUACUUUCGGAUCGUGGCCGCACAGAACAAGCGAGCCCGGGACGGGAAGCACCUGGAGCAGAUUGGGUGCUACGACCCGCUUCCCAACGACCACAACGAGAGGAUCGUUGGUGUGAACUUCGAGCGGCUGAAAUACUGGAUUGCCAAUGGCGCCCACCUCACCAAGCCCGUCGAGAAACUUCUGGGUAAUGCCACCUGGUUUCCUUCUUUGGCGGGGGGGGGGGGAAUGUUGCUCCUAUUUUGUUGUUGCUUUCUGUGUUCCCUUACUUAGAUUGACAUUUUGCUUGUUGAACAAAGCAUUUAUACAAAAAUUAAAUGUGGUUUAUACUUUUAAUGGUUUCCCCACCAUGCCAAACUCCUGCAUUAUUAUAACCUAUCCCUGUGGGGUUUUUUUGCUGAAUAAAAUUCUGAUUAUUGUACAGUUAUCCAUUUCACUUAAGUAGUUCCUGAUGAUGAUGAUGAUUCGUAAAAUCAUAGGGGGUGUAAGAGGCCCCAGGGCUCCUCCAAUUCAACUACCAUCAAUGCAGGAAUUUUUUUCUUAAUCUUCCCAUUUAUUUUUAAGCUGAAAAUUUGUCCAGGGGAACAAGUAGAACAGAAAGCACAGUGUGCUUUCUGAUGUCACGGGCAACCAGGCAAUCAGUUCUUUCACAGCUUUGCGCUUAAGCCUAGGGUUGGAGAAGCUGUAUCUUUUUGGAUGCCCAACUCCCAGUGUCCCUAGCCUUUGGCCAUGUGGCUUGGGUCAGAUGAGAGUUGUAGUCUUAACAGCAGCACGCACCCCUGACAUAUGACUGUGAAAUAGUCAGUACAUUUUCUGAAGGCAAUGAAUUCCAGAUUGUGUGUGUCCUGACUCUCCCCACCCACCGUGCUUUGCUUUAGACAGUUGACCUCGAGACAUAAUGCAGGGAAGGAGAGCUUCAGAACCAGGGACCAAAUGUGGCCCUCCAGCCCUGUAUAUCUGGCCCUCAGAAUUCUGCCUAAACCACAUCCCCUCACUGCUCCUGCUUCACACUCUCAGGUGUCUGGGUUGAACCUCUGAUAAUGCCCCUUUGCUUUGCUUCCGGGAUGGAGGAUAGGGAAAGCAGCCUAUUGUGCAAAGGUAAUAACUACACAAAUUGCUCCAGCUGCUUUUGCCUCUGGCCUCACGCACCAUUCAUACAUGCCCCCUGGAAAAUUGACUGGAAGCGAAUGUGACCCAUCAGGCUGAGAGAGGUUCCUCCACCCUUGCCGUGAAGAGUAUAGACAGUAACAACAAAGUGCCCUUUCUUUCCCCCACCCAGGGCUUUCUGGAUUCCUCCCCCUGCAUCCGAUGACCAUCACAAAUGCCGAAAGAGUGAGGAAAGCACAAGCCCAGCAGGCUGAGAGGGCUGCUCAGGAAGAAGCAAGCCCAGCUCGGAAUGAAUAAAGAGCAAAGUGUGGGGCUCUCACUACCAGCUCAGAAGGCAGUGCCAGGAUGAAGGACCGUCUGUUGUGCAGGAGAGGCAAGCAGACACAGGCGCUGUCUCUGCUUGCAACAUGAUAGAGCCACAGCCUUCUUCAGGUUUGGUGACGUGUGGCCCGCCAGAUGCUCUCGGACCCGCCUCAACCCCUGCCAGAAUGACCAGUGGGCAGGGAUGGAUGCAGCCCACCUGGAGGGCUGCAGCUUCCCCACCCCAUGGCCUAGCUCACAGCCUGACUCGACAUAAGCGUUGUAACACCUGCUAGGAGAGGUACUUCCAGCAACAUGGGAUGGGAGCCUUUGCAGGACUGCAACUCCCAUUAUCCCUGUCCACUGCCUUUGCUGCCAUUUGGGCAUUUAUCAUCAUCCAACCAUCCGCAGGUUUCCUGCUCCCAUCUUUAAAAAUUCAGUUCUUUCUCCAUCCCUUGGCCAGUUUUAACGCUUCUCUGGUGUGCACAGUCACUGCUUGUGAGAUACUUUAUUGGGGGAAAGGCUUUCCUCCUGGACCACUUUGGCAGAGGAAUGUUAAUGGACUGAUGGGAGGGAAGGGAAGUUUUCCAUCUACACACCUGCCUGCUGAUCUAACUCCUCCCACUAAAAAGGUGCAAAAUUCAGCUUUCUGGUAAAUAAAAAAAAAUAAAGUUUCUAGGUCUUGG